ACUCGGCUCCGGCCGGCUCGGUCUCCCGCGCUUCUGCGACCGCCGAGGCGAACAUGGCUUCAGGAGUGCAAGUUGCUGAUGAAGUAUGUCGCAUUUUUUAUGACAUGAAAGUUCGGAAGUGCUCCACACCAGAAGAAAUCAAGAAAAGAAAGAAGGCUGUCAUUUUUUGUCUCAGUGCAGACAAAAAGUGCAUCAUUGUAGAAGAAGGCAAAGAGAUCUUAGUUGGAGAUGUUGGUGUAACCAUAACCGAUCCUUUCAAGCAUUUCGUGGGGAUGCUUCCUGAGAAAGAUUGUCGCUAUGCUUUGUAUGAUGCAAGCUUUGAAACCAAGGAAUCCAGAAAAGAGGAGUUGAUGUUUUUUCUGUGGGCACCAGAACUAGCACCUCUGAAAAGUAAAAUGAUCUAUGCCAGCUCCAAGGACGCAAUCAAAAAGAAAUUUCAAGGCAUAAAACAUGAAUGUCAAGCAAAUGGGCCAGAAGACCUCAAUCGGGCUUGUAUUGCUGAAAAGCUAGGUGGAUCCUUAAUUGUAGCCUUUGAAGGAUGCCCUGUGUAGAUGAUCAUUCAGUGCCACAGAUCGAAAGCUUCCGUGUUCAAUGUUAUCCUCUUGCUAUAUAAGUAAAGCAAACACUGAGGCCAGGGACUCACUGAGGGGAGCUGUCUUGUCAUUUGUUAGAGUAAACUAACUAUUCUAUGAACAUGUGCACAUGGCCCUAAAUCAAUCUAAACUCUACUUUUUUUGGGGGUGUGUGUGAAAGUCUUAUUGGCCAAAAUAUCUAUUUUGAUGAGUCUGCUUGUAGAGAUUUUUGUUAAGCUCAUGAUUUUUAAUCGUUUCAACGUGUGGUUCAUUAAACAAUGCAAGGCCAUAUGAAGAGAAUUAUUGCAUCUUUGUUAACUUCAGCAGUUACUUUGUUUCUUUUGCUUAGAGAAUUGGUCAUAAUCAGUUAUAUUGGUCAUAUAAUUUUGGCCCAAAUUCUUGAGUCUCUGCUGAGCUAACCUGAAUAAUGGAAAAUAAUUCUACUCACAACAGGUAACAGCACUAAUAUGCUAACUACAGUAAGAUUAAAUCAGGCCAGAUUCUACCAGACGUGGAUACUGCCUCCAAAACUGUGUGCACUUAGAACCAGCGCUGAGCUUGCAAAGCACUAUUUCAAGCACGUAGUUGAAACACAGCAAACAGCUCCUGCACUUGAAGUGAGCUGCUUGCUCACUAGUCAGAAGGCUGUACAGAGAGUGACCUUGCAUCUUGGAAAUCAGAACAUGUACUGUCUUGUACCAACUAAUUAGAGUACAAAUUAGGGCUCCGUUGUAAUAUGCUUUAUUAGUGGAAAUGGUAAGAUGGUAUAUCAACAAGCUGGGUACCUAUGCUAUCUUUAAUUUAUCUCCUUUGGAACUGUGUUGCUUCUGGUACAGUAAGGUGUAGAAGAACAUUCUGUUUACUCUGGGGCCUGGGAGAACCUCUUUACCUUCCUAGAGCAGUUUGCCGACUGUAUGUGAUACGGGGACCAGCUAUGACGGCAGCAUCCACAGGAAGCCACUGCCUGAUGACACUUGGAAGUGAUUGUCUUUAACAUCACAGGCAUAACACUCUGAACAGUAUAGAGAUGCACCAACAGUUGAAUUUAGAAGUAGCAGUACUGGCUUUACGUAAUAAAGGAAGCAUUUUAACUU